GCUGCGCCGGUUGGCUGCCCCGGGCGGAAGGGGCGGGCCGGGGCUGUGCGGGCUGCAUGGCGGCGCUGCGGGCCCGGCGGUGCCUGUGGCUGUAGCGGCCGGGCCGCGGCCAGGCUGGUGCAGGAUGGAUGGAGGAGAUGGCACUGCUGACCUGGUCAUUAACAAGAGGUUCGUGUCCGAGGCGGAGCUAGAGGAGCGGCGCAAGAGGAGGCAGGAGGAGUGGGAGAAGGUCCGGAAACCUGAGGAUCCAGAAGAAUGCCCAGAGGAAGCCUAUGACCCUCGUUCCUUGUAUGAAAGGCUGCAGGAGCAGAGAGAAAAGAAGCAGCAGGAAUUUGAGGAGCAGUUUAAAUUCAAGAACAUGGUGAGAGGCCUGGAUGAGGAUGAGACACAUUUCCUGGACGAGGUCUCCCGGCAGCAGGAGCUGCUGGAAAAGCAGCGAAGAGAGGAGGAGCUGAAGGAGCUGAACGAGUACAGAAGCACUCUCGCCAAGGUGGGAGUCAGCAGCGACCCAAAGAAGGAAGCUGAGAGGAAGCUGCCCGUGAAGGCGGUGGAAAACAAGCCCAAGUUCUCUCAGGCCAAGCUGCUGGCAGGAGCUGUGAAGCACAGGAGUUCAGAUGGUGGCAACAGCGUGAAGAGGUUGAAGCUAGACCCUGAUCAUGACGAGAAGAAUCAAGACAAAGCCUCCUGCGUGGCCCUGGGCAGCAGCUCCGGGGGGGGCUCCGCCGUGCACUGCCCCUCGGCGGCUGUCUGCAUCGGGAUCCUGCCCGGGCUGGGAGCCUACUCGGGCAGCAGCGACUCGGAGUCGAGCUCGGACAGCGAGGGCACCAUCAACUCCACCGGCAAGAUCGUCUCCUCCGUCUUCCGCAGCAGCAGCUUCUUCGAGGGGCCCUAAGGACCCCCCCCCCGCCCUGCCGGGGGGAGGGCAGAGCCCCUCUGCCUCAGCCCCAGGCCAUGCUGCCUGCAUCCCCCUGCCCCUCUGCCACCUCUGCCCUUCCCUCCCGCUCGGAUGCUCCCACACAGCUCCCUGCAGCCGUUCGGGGGGUGGGGGUCUCCUUUUCUUCCCUUCCCCACUCCCUUUACUCCCAAACUGUUCAUUUCUGGGCUGCAUCCCCGAGCCUGGCAGAAAGGCUGAAAGCAGCUCCAUGGUGAGUCUGAGGUAGGGAGGAGACAGAGCCUGAGCCUGGCAAGAGUUCUUCCCAGGGAGAGGAAGAGCUCUGCCAGCUCAGAAGCUUCUACAGGACUAAACCAGGCAGAAAUAAAACAAACCCCCCCAAAAAUAACCCCCAAAGCCUUGCAAGUGGAAGCAGUGCAGCCCUGCAGGGAGAGCCACAUUCCUUCUCCUGGAACAGGUCAUUCUCAUUACUCUCUUUUGGGGGGUGGGGGGGGGGGCGGGGGUUUAUUUUUACUCCCUGUUUGAGAACCGGGGGCAGAGCAGCAGAGGGAGCAGAUGGUGGAAGUGCAGAUCUGCCACGGCACUGGCGAGGAGUUUUGGUGCUCUGUGAUUAAAGGCAUCCUCAAUGCA